GAUCGAAAGCUGACCAAAGCGGAGCAGCAGCGGUUUAAAGAGGAGGCUGAAAUGCUGAAGGGUCUACAACAUCCCAACAUUGUGCGUUUCUAUGACUCCUGGGAGUCUGUUCUUAGAGGCAAGAAGUGCAUCGUCCUGGUGACUGAGCUCAUGACCUCAGGAACGCUCAAAACGUACCUUAAGCGCUUUAAAGUGAUGAAGCCCAAGGUUCUACGCAGCUGGUGCAGGCAAAUCCUAAAGGGUCUACAGUUCCUACACACCCGUAUGCCACCCAUUGUGCACCGUGAUCUCAAGUGUGACAAUAUCUUCAUCACAGGCCCGACCGGUUCAGUAAAGAUUGGUGACCUAGGCCUUGCCACCCUCAUGCGGACAUCAUUUGCCAAGAGUGUCAUAGGUACACCAGAGUUCAUGGCCCCAGAGAUGUACGAGGAGCACUAUGACGAGUCAGUGGAUGUCUAUGCCUUUGGCAUGUGCAUGCUAGAAAUGGCUACCUCAGAGUACCCAUAUUCAGAAUGCCAAAACGCUGCACAGAUCUACCGCAAAGUCACUAGUGGUAUCAAGCCUGCCAGUUUUGACAAAGUAAAUGACCCUGAGGUAAAGGAAAUCAUUGAGGGCUGUAUUCGCCAAAACCGAUUAGAACGGCUCUCAGUGAAGGACCUUCUAAAUCAUGCCUUCUUUGCGGAGGACACCGGUGUGCGUGUGGAGCUUGCUGAGGAAGAUACAGGCUGCAAAGACUGCUUGGCCCUGCGUAUCUGGGUUGAAGAGCCAAAGAAACUCAAAGGCAAGCACAAGGACAACGAGGCCAUCGAGUUCAGUUACGACUUGGAGAAUGAUAGUGCUGAAGAGGUUGCACUAGAGAUGGUGAAGUCUGGCUUUUUCCAUGAAAGUGAUGCUAAGGUGGUGGGGAAGUCCAUCAGAGACAGGGUUACUCUAAUUAAGAAGUCCCGUGAAAGGCGGCAACAGCAGCUCCUCCAGCAGCAACAACAACAACAACAAAGUUUGGAUGAGCGCCGUGACUCCUCGGUCCUAACCUCCUCCUUUUCUUAUGUCCAGCCUUCUGGCACCACCUCCUCACAGGGUACAGGAGCUGCUGCAGCUGCUGGGGGUCAUGGGGAGGCAGAGGAGCUGCCAGAAGUGGACCAACAUGUCCAACAACAAGGCACUGCAUUGGGCCUCACAGAGGGUGAGAGUCUUCCUGCUGUCAGUAGCCAAAGCCAAGCUUUUUCUGUACCCGAGACAGGGAACCAAUGUGCUCAUGCUCAAACCAGCUACCCCACUGGCACAUCUGGAGUGAAAGGAGCAGGGGUUAUGUCUCACCCCCAGCUGCUCCCUAUUGGUCAGAGCGGAGGGGUUCCAAAUGUACCUGUUGGCCAGAAUGGUGGGAUAUCUGGCAUUUCCAUGGGCCAAAGUGGUGGUGGGGCUCCUAACAUUCCAGUGGCACAGACUUUCAUUCAACCAGUCACUAUGGCAUCACAGGUCCCAUUAAGUGUGCCUCAACAAUAUUCUCAGCCCCUUCCACAAUACUCAACAGAUGUUACAUCCUCGCAAAUGUUACACUCCAGACCCACUGACGCCUCCACUCCCCACAGUUCUGUUGUACAGUCACAGUCAUACAUCCCCCCAGUAUCACCCCAGGCACCCAUGACUGUCCUCACAUCCUCCAUCCCGGCUGGAGAACCCAUAGCAUCAGCAGGCAACAUCAUAUCACCUAUGCAGACCCAAACUACUAUUACCCCUGUACAACCCAUUGAUGUUUUGCCCCAGCAAACUAUUGUUCAGACGCAACAGCAGGUGAUGUCAGAAUUGCCCAGAACGUUGCAACUGAACAUUCAGCACCAGACAGUAUUGUUGCCACAGCAAACAGAUCAUGUUCAACAAAUGGCGGUUUUGUUACAACAGCCACAGCGUGUAGAACAACCCCAGGUGGUUCUGCAGGAACAGCCACCACAUUCCAGUGCAUCUCAGCAGCCAUAUAUCCCAUUGCCACAGCAGAAACAGCAAACAAUGACCAACCCACAGCAAAGUGAUCUACAACUGCAGGUGUACAUACAGCAAACUGCAAGCAAACCCCAACAGCAAGUUGUGAUACAGCAGCAAGUUCAGCAGCAUCAGGCAUCAAUACAACAACCCCCAGUGGAACAAUAUCAACAUCAGACUCCGCAACAGCAGGCACAGCAAGUUUAUUUGCACCAAAUGGCUGAAUCACAAGAGCAGAACAUGGUAAAGACCUUUGUACAACAGCCGCCAGUACUUCAAACAAUCCAGCAGCCAUUGCAAUUGACGGAGCAACAACAACAGCAACUUCUGAUUAGGCAACAAAUGGAGCAGCAACAGAAGGCUGUUUUGCAAAAUCAAAUGGAGAAACAACAUCAACAGCAAGUUUAUAUUCAGCCCCCACAGCAGCAACAAGUCGAACAGAAACAAAUUCUUCUGCAGCAACAACAAAACUUGGCGGUACAGCAACAGAUCGAGCAACAGCAGCAAGCUUUACAGCAACAAAAGCAAAUAGAACAGCAGCAAAAGGCCAUUUUACAGCAACAGGUGGAACAGCAAAGACAACAGCAACAGGCUUUGUUUCAGCAACAGCAACUGGAGCAACAACAAGCAAUAUUGCAGCAGCAGCAGCGUGAACAACAACAGGCUCUUCUGCAGCAACAACAAUUGGAACAGCAAGCUUUGCUACAACAACAGCAGCAACUCCAGUUAAAGCAGCAACAAGCUAUUUUACAUCAGCAACAGUUAGAACAGCAACAGCAGGCUUUGUUUAAACAGCAGCAACAACAACAGUUGGAGCAACAGCAAGCUCUUUUACAACAGCAGCAGCAACAAGCACUCAUUCAGCAGCAGCAACAGUUAGAGCAAAAAGUACUGCUACAGCUGCAACAGCAACAACAAAUCGAACAGCAACAAACCUUAUUACGCCAGCAGCAGCAGUCUCAACCGAUAGAGCAACAUGUUCUCCAGCAACAGCCGCAACUACACAAGCCGACAGAUCAACAACUGCAACAGCAGAUAUUUGAACAACAGACCGAGCAGCAACAACAGACAUUGCUUCAACAAAGAGAGUCACAGAUGCAGCAACAUCUUCUGAUGCAACAACACCAGAUCGAAUUACAGCGACAACAAGCCGAAAAACAACUGCAACAAGUUUUAUUGCAGCAACAACAUUUGGAGCAACAUGCUACUCUGGCAGAUCACAGCAGGCAACAGCAAGCAAAGCCUCCGGAGACGGUCCAGCAGAUUAGCCAAAUGCAGCACUCUCAACAAAUGAUGCCCCCACAACCUCAGCCCCAUCUUGCUCAACAACAAACUGAACAGCAACAUGUCUUGAUUCAGCAGCAACAAGCUGUCCUCCCCCAGGCAUCGCACAGACCAUCUCUGGUAGAGUUACAGGUUCCAACCCUGGUUCAAGCAGUACCAAAAAUGGUUAGCACUCAAAUACCUAGUCAAGUACCAGCCCCAGUACUCAUCAAGCAACAGGUACCACCACAGAUGUCAGCUCAACCUUCAGCGCAAGUUCAGAUCCAAAGUCAAGGGGAGCCUGCGAUUUAUGGUCAGAUUCCCUUGCAGACUCAAAGUCAUCCUGCACCACAGUCAAUGGGAGGCCAUAUUCAAGCAGGCCAGCUGCAAGUUCCACAACCAACCCAACAAAUCACAUCUCCAACACAGGUUCCUACACCACAACCCAUUCAUUCUUUUGUCCCGACUCCAACACAAAUGGUCUCACAAGGGCAGCAAACCCUUCCAUCCCAAUCUCAGUUUGUACCACCUCAAGUUGCAGCUUCUCUCCAGUGUCAAGUUGCAGUAGGGUCAACUACUCCUGCACCUCUUGUGCAUGCUACAGCGCCGGCUGCUUCUACACUUCUACCGACACAAUAUGCUCAAGCACCUGUUGCUUCGCAAACCAUCCAGUCUGUUCAGCUAGACCUCACACAAUCUGUGAAACAACAACAACAACAGCAAUAUCAGCAAGCAGUACUGUCUCCUGUGUCACUUGCACCUACCAUCAACCCAAUGGCCACUUCAUCAGCACAGUGCUAUUUACAACAGACAAACCAAUCUCAAAUGCAGGCCCAGGCUCCACCAGUUAUCCAAGCUCAGCAACAACCAGUCAGUGUGGCCUCAAUGCAGACAGUCUUGCAGCCCAUGCCUCCAGUGCAACCUCAGGCUACCCAACAGUAUGAGCCACAGCUGCCUCAAGCCCACCAUGUGCAGCAACAGCAACCCCUCCACCAUCAGCAUCAGGCCCAACUUGUGCAGCAGCUUCUGCCACUGAAUGCUGUCCUACCACAAGAUCUCCGCCAACAACCUAGUCAGCCUCAACCUGUAAUCCAACAUAUGCUCCCGAUUCACAUUGCACCCAGUCAGGUACCUCAGACCCAAGCUAGAACAGUACCUCUGUACAGUCAGGUGGUCUCGGGUCCACCACCCUCCCCACAGAACCAGCAGAAACCAACCCUUCCUGCUCAAACGCACACGCAGACUAGCAUGCAGUCCCACAUAGAGGCUACUGGGAGUUUCGAGCAGCCUCCUACCUUUAUGCUGUCACAGAUCCCCCCAAGUCCAUCUCAUGCUUCCCUACAGCCCUCUGCCACACUCCCAGCCCUACAACCAGCUGUCCCAGUUUCAGAAAUUCCUGUCACAGUGGAGGCACAGCUAACCCAGGCAAGGCCUGCUGACAUGAUCCCUGCUUCCCCUCCUACUGUCAGUGCUUCACAGUCCCAUGACUCUAAUGGAUCUGUGUUGCCCACCACCUCGCUGGCAGAAAGUGACGCUGCAUUGCUGGGCAUUGCUCAGGAGAACCUAAAUCAGUCUGCCAAUAGGGGUUCUUCAUCAGGCUCUGCUCCUGCCAAUGGAGAUGAGACCCAAUCGCUGUGGGCCAGUGGAAAACAAGAUAAGGUAAAAUCUCAGAGGAGAUCAUCCUGUCAAAAAGCUGAAAAAACUCAUUUUCAGCUGAGCAUGUUGCAGGUCUCAGGCACAGGGGACAACAUGGUAGAGUGUCAGCUGGAGACUCACAGCAACAAGAUGGUCACAUUCAAGUUUGACAUUGAAGGAGAUGCACCUGAGGACAUUGCAGAUUAUAUGGUGGAGGAGGAUUUUGUCCUUGAGCCUGAGAAAGAGAAAUUUGUUGAGGAGCUGAGAGCUAUAGUGAAGAAAGCUCAAGGAAUACUAAGCACUCACUCACAGACUGGGUCCUUCGAGCAACUCCAAGUGAGCACCCCAUCCAGUGCUACAAUGGAUUCAGCCCCUCAGUCUUCCCCAGUGGGUCGCUGGCGAUUCUUCAUUAACCAAACCAUUCGCCAUCGUGACUCUCACUCCAACCAGGGAGCUUCCACUCCCCCUCCAGUGGGAGAGACCCGAGUUCCCAAGUCCACAGAAACAGAGAAAGAUCAUGAGAGCCAUCAGCGCUCAGAGUCUUUUGCUGGCAUAGCAACUUCCCCAAGUUCUUCACUGUCUGCAUCCUCUCCUCCAGUCUCUACUGUAUCAGCUCCUGCAUCCAUGUCAGCUUCGGCCAUUGCUGCCCAAAAAGAUGUAACACCUGCUGCCUUGCCAACAGUAGAGCAACUCUCCUCCGCUACCCUGACUGCAGGCCCAAUCCCUGUCAUGGCCUCCAGGACCUCUGCUGCUCCUUUCCCUGCAGUCGCGGCCCUCAUUGGCUCCAGCGUGGACCAAGGAAAUACUGCAGUUAAAGGUGAGGGUGAACAGCCCCUCUCUACCUUAUCUAUUUAUGGGACUCCUUCAGCGUCGCUAGUGACCCAUGCUGAUCCUUCACCGCAACUUCUACCACAAACCCAAAUGGCACCCUUUCAGACACCAGAUGUACUUCAACAAACCCAGGCACUACAGUCAGCAAUGGCCACCACUGAACAAGCUCAGAAACAGCCAGUGUGCCAGGUCGCUCCACAGUCACCAAUACUCCAGCCUAACGAGUCAAAAACACUAUCACAGUCAAUGCCAAUGCCAGCUGCCCAAGUUCAACAGGUUCCUCACCAACAAGUACCAAUUGAAUCUCAACAGCCGGCGACCGCUUUCUUGCAGCAACACAGCCUUCAAACAGCCACUGCUGAGCAGAUCCAACAGCACAAGGUAGAACAGAAUGUGUCUCAAGAAACCACAGCGAUACUGACCAUGCAUCUACAGCAUGGCCUCCAGACCCAGGAUCCCCAACAGCUUCGAUUUCCAUUUCAACCAGUGAUCCCGCAGCAGCUUCCCGCUGAGCAAACGCAGAUGUUAUUUCAGCAGGUACCGCAUGAUAUGGCGCCUAUGACACAAACCGCAGUGCCUCUGGCUGUGCAGAAGCAGGCGUCUAUCCAGCAGUCAGAGUCUGAGCUGUCCACAGGUGAAGACACCGUCAGCCACUCCGCCCCACCCCAACCCACUUCGGACACCUCUCUCCCACCCCUGCCGCUUUCUGAAACGGCGCUGCCUGCCCUCUCCCACACUUUCACGCCCUCUCCAGCCCAGCCCUCCUCGGUAGCAGAGUCAGACAGUGAAGGCCCACCCAAAAUUGAGUUUGUGGACAACCGGAUCAAGACAUUGGAUGAGAAGCUGAGGACUCUUCUGUAUCAGGAACACAGUGGUAGUGGGGCAGCACUCGGAAGUGGCUCCACCAGCGGCUCUGCUCCUGCCCCCAGCUCCACCUCGGGAUCUGCUGCGGCCUCCACCGCAGUUGACGAGUUUUCAGAGCACCCCAACACAUUCUCCGCUCCUCCUGCAACUUCUUCAGACACCUCCCCUCACUCCACAUCUUCCACCACCCCUCGCUCUUCCUCCACCUCUCCGGAUGGAGAGCGGGAGAGAGCAGGUGAGGAGGAGACGAUCCCAUCUGCUGUGCAACGCCAGCCUGCCUCGUCCUUCUCCUCUACAUCCCCUCCAUGCUCUCUCGUUUCCCCUCCACAGGAGCCUGGAUCCCCGAAAGUACCCAGUGAAUCAUUUAUAAGUGCUCCCCCUUCCCUCACUGAAAGCUCCACCCCUGGAGAUGUUCUGUUGCCUUCCUCUUCUCAGCCGCCUGUCCCCCUGUGGCCUGGACAGCAGCAGCACUAUGAAGGAGGUGGAUAUUUUGGCCUAAACCUGACAUGUCCUAGUAUCAGAAAUCCUGUUAGCAAGAAAUCCUGGACUCGAAAAUUCAAAAGCUGGGCAUGCAAACUGCGCCACUCCGCCAGCUUGUUCAAGAAGCCCAGAGUCCAGCAAGAUGGCAACUUAAGCCAGGGGAUGAAGGAGGAGAGGGAGGCAUGUACAAAUGACCAACCCUGCUCACGCAGAGGCCGUUUCCAGGUGAUUCCAGUGUCCCAGUCUUCACUGGGACUUCUUCACCAAGCUUCACCAAGUGAAGGGAUCACACAAAGAAAAGUUGGGCGUUUCUCAGUCACCCAGGCCGAACAGAGAGAGGAGCAUUUGACAGACAGCUCCCCCGUGUCACCUGACCUUGAGCGUGAAAGGAGAAAAUCUAAAGGAAAAGAUGGCGAGAAAGAGGACAAGAGAACUACAGCGCCCAGCCACCCACCCAGAAGUCAUGCACACUCGCCUCAGGGCAGCAGUGACGAUGAGAACGAGGUGGAGGAUGAAGAUUUGAGGAGAGAACUCCACAUGCUGAGAGAGAAACACAUCAAAGAGGUGGUGUCCCUGCAGGCACAUCAGAACAGAGAGCUGCAGGAUUUGUACAGGCAGCUCCGCUCUCUUAAAGACCACAGACAGCCUCUGUCCAUGACGCUGCCCCGGACCUCUCCUCUGCCCACCGCACCCAUCGCCAUCUCCCCACGCAGACCCCGACCUGCCAAACCCAGGCUUCGGCCCCGACCCCACUCUCACAUGGAUAACAACGGAGUCACACACCAAGGGAGUCUUCAGCAGUCUAGCAGUUAUUCUGGUGGGGAGCAAAGCAGGCUUCACUCAUACUGCAAGCCAGAGAAAACCCCAUCAUUGACCGCUAAUAGAGACCAGAGUCCUCCAGCCCAGGGUUCUGCCAAUAGAAAGAGCACAUUCACAGAUGAGCUACAUAAGCUUGUUGAUGAGUGGUCAAAAGAAACAGUUUGCCCUGUCCAGCCCAAGCCUUCACUGAAUCAAAUCAAACAGAUCCAACAAGUGCAGGAGUUUGGCGGAUGGGGCCAGACUACUGAGGCAACAGCUUCAUCGGGUUGGUUUUCCGGAGCCCCUUUGACUGCUCCAGUAUCAGUCAGCAUGUCUACAAUGGCUCCUACCCCAUAUAGUACCAUCAGUGGACAAACUCAGCCGCCUCCGACGCAAUUUCCCAUCGCUCCUCUAUCACAGCAGAACAUGCAUCUGCAACCUGCCCUGCAGUACAGCCCAUCUCCCCUGCACCCGCAGCAGGUCCAAAUCCUGUCAGGAUCCCAGCCCCCGGUGCCCAGUGCACCUUCCCUCAUGACCACAGCGGGGCCUCCGCUGCCCCCCGCCACCAGCAUCACAGCUGCCUCUGCCCCCGCCACCACCGCCAGUCAAGACGCUGUCUUCUGCUCGUGCUCCUCUUCCUCCUGCUCCACCUCCGCUCUGCCUCCCAGUGCCAAACUUCACCCCAAACACUCUACAUCCACCCUUCCUUUAGGACAGCAGUGAGAAGACGGAUAACGCUGAACAUCUUGUACAGGAAGGACACUAGUAUCAAGCGGUUGCGUGUUGGUGUGUGUGGAUAUGGGGGUGUAUAAAUACUAUAGUGUGUAUUUGUGUGAGCGUGCGUUUGUGUUGCAUUUUUCAAUACAUAUCCUCUGUGUGUUUCCGCACCGUCAAGUUUUCUAUCUGACUUAGUUGGACCUAAACUCGCCCUAUAUAGAGACAUUUUUGACACGAGGUGAUCCUCUUCGUUUUUAUUUAUCAGUGCUUCAAACAAAAGGACUCUGAAUUUUAAAAAGUGCAAUUAGUAACUGAUAUUUAAAUUCAUCUUUUCUGUGUUGUUGUGACAUGGAUCUGUAUAGCUUAAAAUAAAUAUUUUUUAUAUAUACGCACAGAAACGACAACAACAACCAGACGUCAGCAGCGACGCGCUAUCUUUACAGAGCACAACGGAUUCAGCCGGCGGCGUGAUCGAUCGCAUGUUCCAACGCAGAGCAUGGUAACCUUGCAACCAUCAUUGUAGCUACAAAAACAAUCGUUGUGCACGGAUAAGGCAUGCUCCUCAUGUAUUAUAAUUUACGAUGAUAAAUAGCCGUAGCGUUUUAGAUUUAGCCAAGAUUUUUUCUAGAAUAACAAAUAGCCAUUGACUAAUUCCUUUCAAGAUCCUGCAAUUGAUUCUGAGAAAAAAAUUUAUUAAUUUGGUUUCAAAUGAAACUAGCUAAUAUGAUUGCAGUAUUUUCCUCUCUGUUUUAGCAGACGUUCACACUUUUAAGGUUUACACUAUUAACAUAAUUCCCAUUGUGAAGAGUGCAAGACUAGAUGGCUGUUUGGAAAGCUCAAGUGAAGUGAAUGCAGCUUGUUCUUGUGUAUUUUUGCACAGUCCCGUAUGAACGUGCUUCCGUGCACACCGAACUGUGAUCUGUAAACUGAGUUUGCUUUUAGUGAAUGCAACGCAUCAGCAAAACGCUGGCAAAAAGAUGUAUUCCUCAUCGGUUCUGACAUCAGAUACUACUCUGGUGGAAAAUUAUAUAUAUAUACAUAUACAUAACUGCCAAGCAAAUUAAUGAUUGAGAGAACAUUCAGAAAUAGGUUGCCUUUCUACAGUGUAUUUUUCCUGAUCAUAAAGCUUUUAUGUGAUUCAGCUAGACCAAGAUUUCAGAGGCCAGCCUUUAACCCUUUAAGUGCCACCCCCCCAUUUUUGAAUAUAGAUGUGAAAGUGCACUAUUCAAACUUAAAUUGUUAUAAUUCAUGAACACUUUGGAAUGCAGACCUUAGGUUGGACUCUUUUUUUAAGAAGA